CAUCGGUUAUUCCUUCUCCUCCUGUGAGAGAUGAAUCCCGGACUGUGUCUUGGACAAAUUAUAGUUAUAAUUGUAAAAGAUAAACAAAGCAAUGGCGUUUGUUACUUUUGUGCACCAUAUAAAUAUGUUAAAUGUUUUAUGUGACUUUUUUUAUUACUAAAUAGCCAUGUAUGUACAAACCCAGACUAGAACCUGAGUAGCUCCAUAUGUAAGGUCACACUUACAAAUGUAUAAAAUACUGUAUUAUAUCCUAAGGAGUUGGAUGGGUUGAGAGUCAUCCCAUGUCUCCUGGCAUGACUGUGCUAAAGAAAUAAAAAGUAGAUCAACAUAAUCACACAAUUCCAUACAGGACAUGUUAGAUUUCAUCCCCAAGUGACUCAUAGGCAACAAAGAUGCCUACAUACAUAGGCCAGCUUAUGUUAGUGGGACAGACGUAGAGAGGAUGUGUUUGGCAGUGUACUCUAUAUUGAAUAAGGCCGAUAUGUGUGUUGGAAUAGCCAUUUUGUCAAGCUAUAACACCUGAACUACUCAUGUAUCUUAACCUACGAUACCUCUCACCUAUGAGUACACUAUACUCCACCACUUUUGAAUCUCAAUGUCACAGACAUUCAACUUUAGACUUCUAAUUUUGGGUCUAAUGCUGGACGAAGUUGAUAUUGACAAUAAAUGAUUAUUAACAAGAAGUUCAAUGACACAACAUACCAAAUUAUAGAAGAAAUGAAGAAUGGAAGGUUACAUUGCCCUUCUUUUGGAUCUGUUGAUGAUGGUGAUACUGUGACUGACUACAUGGAUCAAGAGCGAGAAAGGGGAAUCACAAUUACAUCCGCUGCUGUAACUUUUGACUGGAAUAAACACAGGAUUAAUCUACUGGACACCCCAGGUCAUAUUGAUUUUACGGUGGAGGUGGAGCGGUGCUUGCGAGUCCUCGAUGGAACUGUCACAGUUCUAGAUGCUGCUGCAGGUGUGGAGGCUCAGACAUUAACAGUUUGGCGCCAAGCAGAGAGGUACAAUAUUCCCUCAAUAAUUUACCUAAACAAGAUGGACAAACCAAAUGCAGAUUUCCAGCAGUGUUUGCAGUCGAUAGAGGACAAGUUACAUGUAAAAACAAUGCCAAUAUAUGUACCAAUCAGUUGUGAUAGGAACAGUUUGAAACAGAUUGACGUUGUCGGUAAAAACUUACUCACAUGGGAUCUGACGGAAUCACCAGAUGGAAGAAAAUUUGAUAUCAAAAAAAUCUCAGAGGCAGAUCAGACUUUAUGGGAAGAAAUGAUGAAGUGGAGAACAGCUAUUGUUGAAACAAUAGCAGAUUUUGAUUCCAAACUGGAGGACCAUGUACUGUCUAAUACACCUGUAGCAGAUAUUCCUGCUAUAGAUUUGGUGCAAGGACUGAGGCAGGCUACAAUAGACAGACAUGUUGUGCCUGUGAUGGGAGGAAGUUCUCUACGGAACAUGGGUAUACAACCUCUAAUAGACUCUAUAUGUCUCUAUCUUCCAAAUCCAGGUGAUAGAAAUUUUGAAUUUACUAAGUUUUAUGGUAAAGACUUGUGUGCUCUGGUCUUUAAAAUUGUUCAUCAUAAGGAACGAGGUACUCUGACUUUCCUUAGAAUUUACAAUGGGGAAAUAAAAGGAAAGACCAACAUAUAUAACGUGAACCAGAAUGUAAGUGAGAAAGUGACACGCCUACUACAGGUUUAUGCAGACAGUUUUCAGGAAAUUCCAUUUUCUGGACCAGGAAAUAUAGUGUGUGUAACUGGAUUAAAGUCGGUGAGAACAGGAGACACAAUUACAAGCAGUCAACCUGCAGCUAGAAGAGCACGGAAAAACAUGCUUAAAGUACAGGCAGAGGAACUGGGUUCAGCAAGCCAGCAGGCUAUUCAGAGUUCAAAUCUAUGUGAUGAAGAUGACAUUGAUGAAGAUGAUAUUAGUGAUUCCAUUCUGGCUGGGAUACAGAUACCACCUCCAGUAUUCUUUUGUUCCAUAGAGUCACCUUCAAUGUCUAGUCAGCGGAAGAUGGAGUUAGCACUGGAGUGUCUACAGCGAGAGGACCCAAGUCUACAUGUGGAGUUUAAAGAAGAGACCAGCCAGACAAUCCUCUCAGGCAUGGGGGAGCUACACAUGGAAGUUAUAAAGAACCGUAUAAUCAAAGAAUACAAAGUUGAUGUGGAUUUAGGACCUUUACAGGUAGCAUAUAGAGAGGCCAUCAGUAGAAAGGAAGUUGUUCACAAUGAAAAUCUCGACACAUGGAUUGGCAAUCAACAUCACACAGUCAAUCUCACGAUGGCCAUCAACCAUAAUCCAGCUGCAGAAAAAUUCACCCAUGUCAAGAUAGCAAAUAAGGAGAAAAAUCCUUCUUUACAGAAUAUAAAAUGGAAACAUGUCAGAGCCAUUGAGAAUGGUGUAAAGGCGGCAUUAUCAUCAGGUCCCAUUUUGGGCUACCCAGUGAUAAAUGUGGAGGUGUCCCUAUUAAACUUUGAUAUCGGGCGAGGGACGUCCCUCCCUAUGAUUGGUGCUUGUGCAUCGCAAUGUGUAAGGCAUGCUUUAGAGCAGGCAGACCCAAGACUUCAGGAACCUGUCAUGAAACUAGAGAUUUCCACAGAGGAGGAGUGGCUGUCGUCCAUCCUUAAAGACUUGGCAAUGAGACGAUGUGAACUGGAUGCUGUUCAUUAUAGGGAUGGCGUGCGCUUGGUGGAAGCCUCAGUCCCACUGGUCGAACUUCGUGGAUACUCUUCUGAUCUCCGUCAGAUUACAUCUGGAACUGCAUCCUUUGUCAUGGAACUCUCCCAAUUCAGAAAUAUGUCUGAUGAGGAUGAGCAGAAAGUGAUAGAAACAGCUACAGGAUUUGCAUCCUAGUAUACACAAUAUAUUGUGCUGAAGAAUAAAUGUGUGAUUGAAAUCAUA